GCAUAAAUAACAGCAGUCUGUACUGUAUGUGUAAUGUACAUAUAUGUGUGAACAAAUAAAUAUUUUAGGCCAUCUUUCCCUAGAGCUGAAAGUGUCCCGUCAUAAGUUGUGUUCUCACAUAACCCAAGUCUGUGUUGCCUGUAGUCUUAAUGUGUCCCCCUUUCACCCUGUUCUCGGGAAGAAGAGACCAUGGAGGCUCUUACAGCUGAAUACGAGGAGGAGGUGGAAGAUGAGGAGGAGAGUGCAGAGGCAGCAGAGUCCGAGGCAGCUCUUGAUGAGCAGCAGUGGAGUGGGGAAGAGCCUGAGCUGGACAGCCCCCAAGCUGAGCCCUUAGAGCAGGCAGAGGGCAUAGACGAGGCCCAGGAUCUAGACCUGGAGCCGGCUGAGGCAGCUAGUGCUACUGCAGAGAGCUCUAUGGACAGAGAGGAGGAGGAAGCAGAGGGUGAGGAGAGCCCUGAGACAGGUGUGUCCUGCCCUCUGCUCUCCCUGCCUGCAUGUUACUGCAUUGCCCACUGUAUAAGAACGCAAGAUGUGUACAAAGGAAAUGUAUAACUUAUAAGCAUUAUAAUUCAAGUGGAAUGGCAAGUAAUCCUCCCUGCGCUCUGCUGCGGCUGCAAGGCAACACAGGCUUGUUGGUGAAAAAAAGCCACAUUGUUUUAACCUAACCUGGUUUUAUUGUGUAUUUUUGCUUAUAUUUUCUUUUACUUGCUGUGGUUUUCGGGGCCGGCCGUUUUCGUAGUGGUAUGAUGAAGUGAAGUGAUGCUAAUCGUGACGGUUGCUGGUUUUAUUUUUUCCACCUGCUAUAAGCUUCCAGAUUUUUCAUUGUGUUUAUACAUUGCCUAGUGCUGGUAUGCCAGUGCUGUGCGCAGUUUUGUAGCCAUGAUUCAUUCCUGCAACACGUGCAUAAAUCAUUGGUAUCAUGAAUCUGAGUACAGAGUUUGCAGGGGAUUUUGUGUUGGCUGUCUCAUGUUCAGUGUGGUGCAGUUGUUGGUAAAACCAUCUCAUCAAAUGCAUUUCUGUAUCAGCUUAAUUCC